AUGCAGAUCUUUGUGUUGUGUCAUGGCUUGCUUCAGCUCACACAGCUUAUGUAUAGCUCUUACUUAAAGAGCACCAUCACCACAAUUGAGAGACGCUUUGGCCUGGAUAGCCUCUCCUCAGGAACCAUCUCUUCCCUCCAUGAGGUAGGGAACACAGUGUUUAUAGUAUUUGUCAGUUACAUGGGUAGUCGGGUGCAUCGCCCUCGUUUCAUUGGACUGGGUGGCCUGCUGAUGUCCAUUAGUGCCAUGAUUCUAGCGCUACCUCACUUCCUGUUGGAGCCCUAUAUGUUUGACUCUGUCCUGCAUGCAAGCAGACAGGACAUGUGCUACUUGCAAACAAAUGCAACGGGUGCCAAAGCUUGUGGUCAGGAAGAUUCACAGAAGCUUGCAGACACUAGUAAAUUUUGGGGGUUAAUGGCUUUAGCCCAACUGCUGUUUGGAAUCGGCUCUGUUCCAAUCCAACCUUUUGGAAUAUCUUACAUAGAUGACUUUGCUGGGCCAGGGAAUUCUCCUCUUUAUAUUGCUAUUCUCUUUGCUCUGUCAGUGUUUGGCCCAUCUUUUGGAUAUCUCCUGGGCUCUGUGGUUCUGAGAAUUUAUGUGGAUGUGGACCGAGCUGAUGCAG